AUGAAGAUCACAUUCAAGGACCUCAAGCAGAACAAGUUCGUCAUCGAGGCCGAGCCUUCGGAAACGAUUGGCGCCCUCAAGUCUAAGAUUCAGGCAGAGAAGGGGUGGGAAGUCCCCCAGCAGAAGCUCAUUUACUCUGGCAAGAUCCUGCAAGAUGCCAACACGGUCGAGUCGUACAAUAUUGAGGAGAAGGGCUUCAUCGUCUGCAUGGUCUCCAAGCCAAAGGCCGCCGCCGCAUCGUCAAGUAAAGCAGCGCCUUCCACACCCGCCCCAGCAGCAGCCCAGACGCCCGUAGCUCCCGCCGCACCAGCACCUUCAUCCAGCACACAGAAUGCCCCCGCUACACCCUCGCCCGCGCCAGCUCAGGCAUCCGGGGAGCGCUUCAAUGACCCCUCAGCUCUGACCAUGGGUGGAGAGCGAGAGGCCGCCAUUGCAAACAUGGAGAGCAUGGGUUUCGCAAGGGCUGACAUCGACCGGGCUAUGCGCGCCGCCUUCUUCAACCCCGACCGUGCGGUUGAGUAUCUUCUGACGGGUAUUCCAGAGAGUGCGCUCCAAGAGCAGGCACAACAAGCACAAGCUCGUGCCCCGACCUCGCCCACACCCGCUCAAGGCAACACAGGUGCGCCUGCACCCACCGGGAACGCACCUUCGGGAGGUGAUGAGCCGAUGAACCUAUUCGAGGCCGCUGCCCAGGCUGCUCAAAAUCGCGGAGGUGCUGGUGGUGCUCGCUCAGGCGGUACUGGAGGCGGUGCUGCGGCCGGUGCGCUCAACGCCAACUCUCUCGACUUCUUGCGCAACAACCCGCAGUUCCAGCAGCUACGACAGGUCGUACAACAGCAGCCACAAAUGCUUGAGCCCAUCCUGCAGCAGGUCGGCGCAGGCAACCCUCAGUUGGCGCAGAUGAUCGCAAGCAACCCAGAGCAGUUCCUGCAGCUCCUCGCCGAGGAUGCAGACGAGGAUGCGCCGCUGCCACCCGGUGCUCAGGCCAUCUCCGUGACUGAGGAGGAGCGCGAGGCUAUCGAGCGCCUGUGUCGCCUUGGCUUUGAGCGCGAUCUCGUCAUUCAGGCCUACUUUGCAUGCGACAAGAAUGAAGAGCUGGCCGCAAACUUCCUCUUUGACCAGCCCGACGAUGCGGACGACCAGUAG